UACCACGCGAUAAAUAUGUUCAUUUUUUGAGUCUAAGUAUAGCAAUUCGAAUUUUAUGUAGCAAAAAAUAUUGCGUACAACUGCUUGAUUAUGCACACAAUUUACUAUUGUAUUUUGUUGAAAAUUAUGGCACAUUAUAUGGUUGUCAAUAUAUAUCAUAUAACGUUCAUAAUUUAAUUCAUCUGUGUUAUUAUGUAAAAUUAUGGGGAGUGUUAGAUGAAUUUAGCGCGUUUAAGUUCGAAAAUUACAUGCAAAAAAUUAAAUCAAAGAUAAGAUCUUCAAGUCAACCAUUAGAACAAUUAGCCAAUCGUUGUAUAGAAGAAGAUAAUUUGGAUAUAACAAAUGUAGAAAAGAUUUAUCCAAUAUCAAAAGUACGUAUUAUAAAUGGCAGAAAGAUAAUAAAAUCGGUUCAAUGCAAGGGUUUCUAUCUUAGUACAAGAACUGCUGAUAAUUGUUGUUCUUUAUUAGAUGGUACAACGGUUUCGCUUACGAAAAUUUAUUUUAAAAAUAAACAGAUUUAUGUUACUGCUAAAAAGUAUUUGAAUAUUAAAUCAUUUUUCCACAUUCCAUGCGACUCUUUCAAUAUCGGUAUUAAACAAAUUAACGAGUUACAAUAUGAGUUAAUUACUAUUCCAUUGUUUGAUAUUAAAUUAAAAUGCGUAAAAUUGCCUUUAUGUGACGAAGAAGCUGUAGUAUUGCCUUUACUACACCAACAAGAAAUAUGUUAAUGAUUAUUAAUAAUGGCGAAAAAUUUCGCUGUCGUUACUUUUCCAAGCGAUGGAAAUAAUGAAGAAGAAAUUGUAUCAGAAGUUCCAUCUUUAUGGCUUUCUUUCAAUUUAAAAGAAUGCUGGUGGCCAUUGGUAAAAAAUGUAAAUACCUUUAUUAUAAAACAAAUUCCACCUGUUAUUAAUGAUCCUAAAUGGGAAUCUUAUCCCAUUAAAUUUCAUGGAUAUUAUGAUUCAUUAGAGGAAGCUAGACAGAGAGCAACGAACUAUUCUUCAAGUGAGGAAAGCAAUAUAAAUGAAAUAAAGAAGUCACGCACAAGACAGUUGAAUAAAACUGUUUCUCACAAUGAGUCUGAAUCUGAUUCUGAUGACUCACGUUUAGUUAUACCAAAUCCACCAAAUCUUACUGUAAAUACAAAUGCCUCGCAAUCAGUUAACAAAAGUCAAUCUAUCGCAACUGUUAUUAAUUCAUCAGUUGUCAGCAAUGAUAUUGACCUGGAGAUUCUUGAUGGAACUUUAGUACCACUUAAAAGUAUACAGGAUGUACAUACGUUAAUAUCAGAUGGAUUCGAAAAAAUGGAAGGUCAUUUUAAAAAUAUAUAUACAGCUAUACAGUUACAUUAGGAAUACAAGAUCUAAAUGUUCAUUUAACAAAUAUAGAAAAACAAAAUAAUCAACAUAAAUCCAAAGCAUCUGUCACGGAUACAUCAAAUAUACAUCAAUUUUUUCCAUUUAAAAAUAUAAAUGAAGUAACAGCUUUUGAAAACCGUUUAUCAGAAAAUGUAGAUGAGUACAACAAAUUUAUGCUGUAUAUAUCUCGCAUAGGCGGAAGGUCCGCCAAGGAAAAUUUAAUUCGCAUAUACCGAACUUUAUUUUCCAAUGAAGUUGCCAAAGAAUCAUCUUGGAAAGGAUUGCGAAAUCAUUUUAAAAUUAGUAGCUUAAAGUAUAUAUUAAUGGGAAUACUAGCAACAAUUUCCGGUCAACAUCAAUUCACAAACAAAGAAUUUGAAGAGGUCACAAAAGAAUGGUUUCGCCAAGGUGGUCAGAGGCUUAGCAGACAAAAAGAUUUCGAAGAAAUAAAUCCGCAAGUCAUUUAAAUGUUUCAGAUGCUUAUGAUUUAUUUUCAUUAUAAUUUUUUUCUAUAGUGGCUAGA